CAGAGGUCUACGCUGUUUCUGUGAUCUACAGUUUCGCUAAAGCCAUGCAUGAUAUGGUUGCUCAAGGAGAAACAUCUUUUCCUCGAAACAACCAUCCCAGUUCUGUCGACAGCAGUCGCCUCCAUUUGGCUAUUCAGCGCCACCUUGAGGAGCUCGGGUCAAGUCCGAACACUACAAGUUACAUGUAUUAUCGAAAUGUGCCUGGAAAUAAUUCCAACACAGAGAUAUUCUGUGCGAUCGGAGCAUGGAGACCCUGGACGAAUCCAAAGCUCGAGAUAUAUCACGACGAAAUAACUUUGCCUUUUAACGGACGUCAUCUCAUUGUAGCGGUACCGCAUUCUCCUCCAUACGUCAUUUUCCAAAAUGUCAGUGGAAGCCUUACUAACAAUGUCGAUGAAGGAGUGUUUACGAAAUUGAUGACGUUUUUGACCGAAGAAUUAAAUUUCACGUUAAGUAUAUUCCUAUAUUUUAUCCGAGUUAUAAGAGCACACCUUUCAGUAUCCUUUUAUUUGGCUAUGAUUCAAAUGUUGGUAUGCACACUAAAAAUCGAGAUGAGUUACAAUCCCGGUUUUUACAGUAUUUAUAAAUUCUUAAACUCUAAAUAUCUCACGUAUAAUCUCUCUGAUUUUACAGUAGUUGUUUAUUGCACAAUGAGGAUGGGCUAGAAUCAUGUGUUAUACAGUACUAGAUGUACUUCCGCAGGAUCCUCGAAAAUGUUCACUUUGAAGAGUAAAUAAAAUCAAAAUUAAGAAUAACAAAUAUUUUUAUUUCUUGCUUUUCAAGUUCAUAUGUUAAACUGUAUUGUAGCUUACAGAGUGUAUAAUUCUUCUAGUAAUUCAUGUCAUGCGCAACUUUUACUGACGUCACGACAGCAUAAAUUGCAAUGUUAAGCGUCCCUUAUGUGAAGUCAUUUUAGUGUUUACUGACUGACUGACAACACACUACUGUAUUGUGGUGCGACUGAUUAAAACAGGUCUUUGGCCUCCUUUCGGGGAUAUUAUUAAACUCUAAAUAUAUUCAUAAUAACCC